CACUCAGCUCCGUCGCCGACAUGACCGUCCACACAGUGUAGGAUGCACUCACCCGGGCCUCAUCGCCCCCGUCUUCUCUCCCUCCAUCUCUCCUUCAUGACUCAGACUGGACGUCCGACUAGGGUGCGAUUGGACGCAUAGCGACUUCGUCUAUGGCCAACGCUGAAUCCGAGCACUUACUCGCGGAUCUUUCUGCCAAUCUCGCUAGCUUCUGCAUCGAGAGUCUAAUGUGCGGGAUGUUCGAUUGUCUAGGUCUUACAUCCCUCUAUCUGUUGCACAUUCGGAAGCACUCAGAGCACGGCAAGAGACCACCAUUAUCGAUAUCAAUAUACAUAGCUUAUGUGACUCUACUAGUGGCGGUUACGACGCAUUGGGUUGUGAGCAUCUGCCGUUUGUUCCUCGGCUUGGGAAGCCACGGGGCGCAAGAAGCGGUGGAGUACUUCGCCGACAUCGGUCAGUCGCUGCAUGUGGCCCAAGUCUCAAUUGUGGCCCUGUGUGUAUUGAUCGGGGACGCCGUGCUGGUUUUCCGCCUCUGGGUCGUCUGGUCUUAUAAUAGGGCCGUGGUCGCAGCUCCCCUUGGUGCUUUAGUGAUGCUCUUAGGAGGUACCAUUGCCUCCACCGAGGCUGGAUAUAGGGAGAAUGACGGAUUAACAAGUAAACAUGGCAAAUGGGCUACAGGCGGCUUGGUUUGCACGCUUUGCACGACUGUCUACUGUUCAUGCAUGAUCGCAGGGAUGCUUUUACGUGCAGACCGUCGCACCAAGCGUACAGGCGCGCCUAGCAUCAUGUUUAUGGCUUGGCUCCCGAUAUUCAUUGAGAGCGCUGCGUUCUAUACCGCGUGGACUCUUUUCUACACCAUCACUUACGAAAUGCAGAGCGCCGCAAGGUACAUCGGUAUCGGGGGCUUGCCUGCUGCAGCUGGAAUUGCAUGCAGGAGGGCGGAUGGGAAAGGGCACCUCAGUUCACGACAUGGGUACCGGAAUGGGUGUCAGAGAGCUGUGACGACAACCAAAGUGGUCUAGGACAGUCUCGGGACCUGUACGAUGAUGCGGGAGAC